GUUUGCUAUGCUCGCGGAAUAAAGCUUAGUUUGAACUAGACAAUCACUGCGGUUGCAAGUGCCGCGCAAAGAUUAACAAUGGAGUACCCCAAUCUACUAGUAAUUUUCGCAACCUUGUUGCUCCUCCAAUUCGAGAUGGGAGUAGCAAGAUCAACUUACAAUGGAUUAGAUCCGUCUUUGUACGUCGAAGCGCGGCGAUUGGGCUUGGAUGAGGGAAUACUUAAUGAAAUGUGGCGAACCAAGAAACCGUGGACUGUCACAAAGACAAGAAAUGACGGUACUGUGAUUAGGAACACCUAUCAGCUAAGUACCGAUGGAGAAAAAAUUUUUUGGAAUAGCGUAACUAGAACACCGGUAAAUAAUGCAGCUAUCUUCACACAAGCUGAAGAAAACUUAGAUUUUAUAUCGAACAACAUUCGCAACCAGCUGCAAACUACGCUCAGACUUGCAAAUGUUUUCAAUAACCCCUUUAUCAAUCCGGUCGGCUUCGGAUUUCCCGACUUUAACAUAUUUCACAACUUUAUCGGACAGGGACGGAAUCAGUUCAAUGCGGAAAUCCCCAGCUCAUCACCUUGCCAUUGUCAUCAUAACGAUAGUCCAAACAAUCGAAGCCCGGGAUAUAUUCCCCCAGCAGAAGAGCCCACGUUAAAAGGGCGAAAUCCGGGAAAUGUUGCACGACGCGAUGAGUCCAACAUAAAUGAACGAAAUUCGGGAAGUUUUGCUCCACGCGUUGAGUCCAACUUAAAUGAACGAAAUUCAGGGAAUGGUGCCCCUCGAGAAGAGCGAAAUCCAACAAACACUGACGAUACUGAUCUAUGGUACCCGCCACUUCCGACCUCGACGCAGCGAGCCCUGGUUCCUGUGCCCGCGAGUGCCCCAGCACCGCCUGCCUUUGGAGAUGGGUCCCGAUCAAGUAAUGACGACAAACCUUUGUGGCUUCCAGUGCCAGAUCCACCCUCAACCGAGCGCACUUUGGUCGGUCUGCCCACAUUGGCACCCAAAGGCGGAGCCGACACAGUCAUCGACGACUUCCUGGCCAAGGUGGACGUCACUGCCGCCGACAUCAAGGAGGAGGAUGGCACGCUGGUCAGGACGAUCGUGGACAAGGAAGGCCGAGUUCUAAGCGCCAGCUUUGAAUUAAAAACUAAAGAAGAACUAGAAGCUAAUGCAAAUUAGCAAAGUCAUUGAAAUUGUUUGAAUUGAUUUCUCUAUUGCUUUUGUAUUCUUUAAUAAACAAGUACUGUGUACAUCAUUAAUAUAAAGAAAA